UCCCAUGAAUAAGCGGAACAAUACCGGAAACUGGAACUUGAACUCAAACUAUAACGCAACUCCAGAUUUCCUAUUCUGUAUCCUUGCUCACCUUGCUCAAAACCUCCCAAAAUGUCCAAGAAAGUAGCAGUAGUUACAGGAGCAAACAAAGGCAUCGGACUCGCCAUUGUGAAAGGGCUUUGUAAGGCGGGUUUCGAGGGAGAUAUUCUCCUCACCGCACGCAAUGAAAAACUGGGACAGGAGGCUGUUUCUGCACUGCAUUCUGAAGGGUGCAAAAAAGUCGUUUUCCAUCAGCUCGAUGUCUGUGACCAGGGAAGCUGUUCAAAACUCCGCAAGUUCCUGGAGGAAAACUACGGGGGCCUGGAUGUGCUUAUUAACAAUGCGGGAAUCGCGUUCAAACAGGCAGCGACGGAGCCAUUUGGAGAGCAGGCUGAGGUGACCAUGCGUACCAACUUCUGGGGAACCCUGUGGGUGUGCCAUGCCCUCCUGCCAAUCCUGCGCCCCAAUGCUCGGGUGGUCAGUGUGUCUAGUUUUGUCAGCAAGAGAUCACUUGAUCAGUGCAGUGCUGAAUUACAGGCAAAAUUAAGAAGUUCAGAUAUUUCAGAAGAGGAGCUGUGCCUGUUGAUGGGGGAGUUUGUUAGUGCUGCACAGAAAGGGGACCAUCAAGCUCAGGGUUGGCCAAACACCGCUUAUGGUACCACCAAGAUCGGUGUGACUGUGCUUUCAAGGAUCCAGGCACGAGUUCUCGGUGAGACAAGGCCGGGAGAUGGUAUCCUCCUGAAUGCUUGCUGUCCAGGGUUGGUGCAGACAGACAUGGCCGGACCAAAAGCUUCCAAGAGUCCUGAGGAAGGAGCAGAGACUCCUGUCUAUCUGGCUAUGCUGCCUGUCGGAGCAAAGGAGCCACACGGACAGUUAGUGUGGGACAAGACUGUACAGGCAUGGUAGAACAAAGAGCCACCGGUCGUUCCAUCUGAAAAAAAAAUGCAUGAUUCCUAUUUUUGUAAAUUGGUUAUGUAACUGGUUUAAAAGAACAUUUAAUAAAAUUGUUAUUUCAUACUUCUGCCAUAUUA